AUGGCCUACGUUGUUAAAGAAGCUACAAAAGGAGUUAUUCAGGAAGGUACUAAACUUGGUAAAGUUCAUGAAGCAGAAUGGUUAGCCAAACAGCUACGCGAAGUCGAACAUCUUGGGCAAGAUGUACCUCUAUUUCUUCGGUAUCCUUCUGAGAUUGGCGACACUUUGGACUAUCUUUACACGAAAGAAUCCUUCUGGUACAAAUUAAUAAAUCGUGUUCUUCGUAAUCUUGAUACAGUUACUCUUGAACAAGUAGGAACAUUGGGACCAUUCUGUUAUUUACUCCAUAAUUAUUUCCAGCAUAUUCCAAGAAAAGAUAUUUUGACAGUUUAUCGUGGAUUGACACUAAUAGAUGAGCAACGAGAAGACUUUAUGAAGGAGGAACUGACAUUUACUUCAUUUACAUCGACUAACAAAAAUAGAGAAAAAGCAGAACAAUUCGGUGAUACGUUAUUGAUCAUGGAUUUGAAUGUUAAGCAUUCUCAAUGCGAUCGUAAUUUUUUGGUAGGCGCAGACGUUUCACAUAUAUCUGACUUUCCUCAUGAAGAAGAAUAUUUGAUAUGGCUCAGGACAACAUUUCAAUUUGUCAAAUAUGAAUAUGACAUCGUAAAAAAUAAACAUGUUAUUUACCUGCAAAUAUCAAAAUACAAUUGUUGACUUCAAUCUUUCUUCAAAUUUAAUAAAAGCCGUAUUUAAGUUAUUAUCGAUGCAACAAAGACAUUGAUUUUUGUACAUUAUUCAGAUAUUAAAUUGUUUUGAAUGAAUAAAAAAAAAGAAAUUGUUGAAACGAGAAUUGAGAUUAUAGACAGUAUGAAGAAGUUGAAUAUCAUCAAUAUAAUAAAAUGUUUCAAGUAAGACUUCACUUGGUAAAAAUUCCAGUUUCAUUUUGUUAGAUGCAACACAACAUAGCUUGAAAAUGUUGUCAAAUAAGAAAAAAAACGCAGUUUUAUUAUCUACUUCGUAUGAAAAGUGCAGAUAUGAUUUAUCGAAUGUUCUUUUUGUACUUCAGACCAUUUAAUGUUAUAGCAUGCAUGUUGAUUUCAGACAUAAAAAUGCCGUUGGUAGAAUUCAAUUUUCAAAUGUAAAUGCUUUCUUGUCAACGAAAGGAAUAGAAAGAACAAUAUUUGAAUUACAUAUGAAAAUCCUUGAGAUCGUACUUAAUCAUCAAUCUACGAAGGUUUCAGUGCAAGACAGGUAAUAAAAUGAUUUUUAUUCUACUAUCUAGUCCAUGUUCUAAAUGCAUCUGAGUAUCCCAUCGAUUAUUUUUAACAAAUGAUACAGAUACUAAAAAAAUUUUCUAUUUACAUUCUACUUUCUUUACUUUCUAUUAUUGAUCAGUUUAAGCGAAUUAGUAGAACAAUUGAGUCCAACGAAAGUGGUUUGUUUAGAGUUUUUCAGAUUAGUCUGGACUAAGAUGGGCGACACACUCUGGAAAAAAAAGAUUAGUCCUGACUACUAUUAAAAACGUUCCAGACUAGUCAAAGUCGUUUGACAUCGACUCGUUUCUGAUUGUCUAGUAGCUGGACGAAAAUCAAUCUGUGAUUUAGACUGUAUAAACUGACAUCAGUCUAUCUCAGUAUCAUAGUCUGUUGUAACUGAUUCGAAUGAACAAAUUGAGUAAGUGUAAUAUUCAAUCGACUUUAUAUUUGAUAAUCAAGAUCAAUAGACUAUUCUCUAAAUGACAUUUAAUAAUGUUUUUAUUCAAAUAGAGUUUUGUGUAUAGGAUUGAAUAACAAAUAAUCACAGUGGAAUUAGGGGUAUGAACAGACUUUUCUUUUAAAACAACUUAAACAACAUAAAAUUCCAUUAUGAUUCAUUUUUAUCGAUAAAGAUCUAUUUACAUUAUAGUGAAUGAUUAAGUUAUAAAUUAUUCAUUUUUAGUUUGGUAACAAAAUUCGAAUCAAUGUCAAAUGAAUUAUUAAUGGAAAUGUUUGAAUAUUAUGAUUUAUAUUCAUUAUUCU